UCUUAGAAUAGCGUUAGAAUAAUGGAGCCUUGAUUUUGAAAAUAUAAUUCAACCACUUUUAUACUCGAAGCUCCGUUGUGUAUACGCUCGUUAUAAAUUUCUAAGCAACGAACUUUGAAAAGCUUAAACAGAAAUUUAAGAAUAUACAAAGAAAUAAAUUACACAUCUUUUAAAUGGUAAAGUGACUUAUAAACUGUUCGUAAUAAUGCGGUGAUAAAGAGUCUGAACCUUUCGCGAAUGAGGGAUCUCACAAACGCGUAUCGAUAUUAAGACAAGCUAUACGCGGCAAGCUUUUCGUAUAUCUAUGCCUUAUACGCCUUAUUUCAUCUUGUGCACAAGGUUAUUUGCAAAUAUAAAUAUAAAGUUCGUGCUGCAUUUCCGUAUUCAACAUGCAAAUUAUAAAAAACAAUUUUUUGUUUCAUUCAUUUUCCUUUUCCGUUCAUUAUCCAAAUGUAUAAGAACGUUUUUUCAGGCUAUGGAUUUGCAGAGGAACACAGCAGCUAGAUUAGUGGAUAUUUGCGCCUAUAUAAAAUGUAACAACAGUCGUCUUCGAGGAAAUCAUCUUUAUUGCUUUCCGAAAGAAAACAAUCCGCUUCGUAAAGAAUGGAUUUCAAGAGUUGGCAAUCCAGCUCUACAAUAUUAUGCUAGCUCUACUAUAAGAAGAAUGGGUAUCUGUGCUGAACAUUUCUCACCCGAAAUGUUUAAACCAAACCGUACACAAAAUAUCAGUAGAAGGAAAAUGUUGAAAAUGGAUGCUGUACCUCAACCACCAAAAAAUAUAUUAGAAAAUAAAGAAGAAAAAGAAGAGGAUGUACAUGAAAGACAGCUGGUGAGAGAAGAAGAGGAAAAAGGAAAUGAAGAAGGAGGAAAAGGGAACGAACAACAACAUGACUACCAACAACGACAACAGCAACAACAAAAUGCAAAAGAAGAGGUAGCAGAAGAAGAAGAAAAAGAAUUGCGUGUUAAUAAACCAGUGGUGAAUUAUACAAGAGUACCAUUUACAUUUUGUGACAAUGAGGAUGCAAUGCAAUGGCUAAUGAUUGAACCAGAAAUGACAAACUACAAAGUACAAAUUGAAAAUUCUCAAAAUAAAACAUUUUGUGAAAUGAAAUUGGAAAAUGAAUGUGUUCAGCUCAUGAAAGAGAAUAGAAAUUUAAAAGCACAAUUGAAAUAUUUGAAACAAAAAGUCAAACGAAUCAAAACCUCCAGAGAUCAUUUCUAUAACAAGUUGCGCAAAGUAGAGACUGUGGAUGAAUUUUUAGAUAGACAUGGGUGCAAAAGCAAUGUUGUAAGGACUUUCAUUAAGUUGCAACUGAAAGGUGAAAAUUUGUCAUAUACAACUGAAGAACAAGAUUUAGCAAAAAUGAUAUUUUACAAUUCUGCAUCAGUUUAUAAUAAGCUAAGGAUAAGCGGAUGUCAUUUACCAGCUGAGAGCACAAUACGGAGGUGGGUCUGAAUCUAUAAUUUAAAGAAAAAAAGUGAAGAAGAGAUGAAACCAACCAUUAGCAUAUUUUUGAGUUUUACCAGAAACAGGAGAAAUGAAAAGUGAUAAAGUAAUUACAUUACUAAAAAUAUGCUUAACGCAAUUAAAAGAAAGCGGAGCACACGUAAAAAUUUUAACAUGUGAUCAAUAUACAACUAAUCAGAAAAUAUACAGAGAAUUAGAAGUAGUGGGAAGGGUUCAUUUUUCAUUUAUGAAAGUACAAUGUAUUAUGCGACUUUCGAUUUUCUUUAUCUAAUUAAACACUCACUUGUGCAAUAAAGAAAUCAUAAAAAUAUUAGGUUUAUGUUGGAAACGAAUUAUUGUAAUUGCUGGAUUGGUUGUUUAAGUUUUUCAUUUAUUGUAUCGUUUUUCGUUAUAUGAACACCAAAUUUUUGCAAAUACAUCAUUUGAAAUAUG